CUCGUUCGCCGCAGAAGGUUAAAAGCGGUUAUCCGUCCUCAUCUUCACCUUCAAUCUUCAAUCUUCAUCGUCCAACCGUUAGUCUUCGUUGUGGACUGUCCGACACUGUCGACCGACAAACGCUCUCUCUUUCAUGCUCCUAUCUCUUUAAAAUGUUGCCUCUUCUCAUUUUUUUGUUCUUCUUCAUGCACGUUUUGUCCCAUCCUAGAAACGACGGCGAUCUAUCUCUAUGGAUCGACCAACACCAAGUCAAAAUGUUCAGCGGUUUUUCAAUGGAGAUUUAUGCUAUCGUAGACGGCCGUGUACUCCCUUACAUUUUAGACCCCAACUUCGAAGAAUAUUUACCGGUUAUUCCAUCUGAGGUAGGCUAUGUGAACUUUACUUGGAAAAGUGGUGCCAAAAAAUAUUAUUAUAAUUUUGACAGGCUGCAAUCAUUCGACGAAGCCAUUUUGGAACCACCAGUAAUAACGAUCAAAACUAAAGGAAGGAUUCCCAAAAGGCCAAAAGUUUUUAGUGUUUUACUUCCUUGCUCUGGAAAUAGUUCUGGCGUGGCAUCAUUUGGAAUCGGAUUGCUUAUCGAAAGUCGUAAAGGGCGACCCCUCCCUGGUACCCCACUUCGACUUAGCUUGAGAAAGGAAUGUGCUCAAAGAGGUCCAGGUCCGGAAUGUGGUACAAAAUGUGCAAAUGGAGGUCCUGAUCCAGAAUGCGAUAAAAAGUGUGCCAAUGGAGGUUGGUGCAAUCAUGACAAAAUCUGCGUAUGUAGAGAAGGAUAUAUGGGCCAGUAUUGCCAGACUGCGUUAUGCUAUCCUCAGUGUAUGAACAAUGGUACUUGCACUGCCCCGGGUACUUGCACAUGUCCUUCAGGCUUCCAAGGGCGACACUGCGAAGGGGGUAUUUGCAGUCAGAAAUGUGAAAACGGAGGAAAAUGCGUGCAAAAGGAUUCUUGCGAUUGCCCUAAAGGCUUUUAUGGCUUAAGAUGUGAAUUCUCAAAAUGCAUUAUCCCAUGUGUCAACGGUGGCCGAUGCAAGGGAAUAAAUAAGUGCAGAUGUCCAAGUGGUUUCCGUGGCGAUCACUGCGAAAUAGGACGAAGAUUACCUCAAAAGGGCACUUGCAUGGUGUCGUGUAAACAUGGAGUCUGCCUUCAUAACGACACUUGUUUAUGCGAUAGUGGCUGGGGAGGAAGACUUUGUCAGACAAGAACGCAUGUAAAGGGAUCUGUGCCAUUGUAUUCAGAUGAAUAUUCAUCGGAAAGCUUUUAAGUUAGCGUGCAAUAACGUAGACAUCGCUCAUAAAAUAACUCAAAUGUUUAGAUAUUAAAAACAAAAAAGCAAAUACCUAAAUGCCAUAUUUUUGUACAUUUGUAUAUAAAAAUUAAGGAUCUAAUAUAUUUUCAAAUUGUAUAUUUUGUAACAAAUUAAAUCUUUGUAUUGAGUAUAAAUAUGUAAAUUUAUAAAUUGAAGAAAAAAAAUUGAAUCUAAAUUUUUUUAUGUAUUAUACGUAUGAUUUGUAUUGAUCUAGGCAUAUGCAUACAAAUUGUGAUCUAAAAAGACUUUUAUAUUGGCACUGUUGAUCUAAUUGUAAUAAAUUAAAUUAGCUUUAAA